CUGGCUUCGUAAUCGUUUCCCAUCAUCCUGUGGGCGCGCGCAGGCUGGGUCAGGGAAGGGCUCGAGAGAUGGCCGCGGCGCCAGGCGGAGAAGGCCCGGCUUCCGAGGCGGCAGGACCGGGCGGCGUCAACGUGUUCGCCAACGACGGUUCUUUUCUCGAACUGUUUAAGCGGCGCAUGGAGGAAGCCUCUGCGUCGGGAGGAAAGAGUGGACGAGAAAUGCCGAUCGCCGGAGCCGAGAAGCGGAAAGAGACCGAACCGCGGCCAGAGCCUCCCGGGGACCCAGAGCCACCGGGAAAGAAGCGGAGCGGGAGCGCCCUCAGCUUCGUGGGCAAGCGGAGAGGGGGCAGCAAGCUAGCCCUGAAGACAGGAGUGGUAGCCAAGAAACAAAAGACAGAGGAGGAGGUUUUGACAAAUAAAGGAGAUGCAUGGGCGAAAUAUAUGGCUGAAGUGAAAAAGUACAAAGCCCACCAGUGCAGUGAUGAUGAUAAAACCCGGCCUUUAGUGAAAUAACUUUUAUCUCCAGCCUGGACUGUCUGUGAUGUACAUAAUUAUUUAAAAUAUCAAAGGAGUAGUGCUGUCCCACAAGACUGAAUGCUGCCAUGGCAGCAGGAGACUUGCCAUACUUUUAUAUUUGAAAACUUAAGAGCCUCCUUCACUGAUUCGUUUAUUGUUUUCCCCUUCUUCUGAGAGCUAAGAACUUUGACUUAGUUGCCAGAUUUUUAAUUUGUAACACCCUCUCUCCAAAUAGUGGAAUUGGUCUGACAUUUCUUUCCCCAAAUCAUCAGGCAUCAGGCAUUCCUUUGCUGAUAAACCUUCAGCAUUGAGCCUUUGCUUAACAUUUUCUGUACCCCUGAACUUUUUACUAUAGGACAUGCUAAGAAGCUCUCUUUAUCAAAUUCAGUACCUUUUACUGCUGAAGAUAAAUUUAAAAUAUGGUUGCAAAUAGUAAGUACUGCAGACUGUAGUAAUUCCAGAGCUUGAAGUAAUCCCUCUCUUCACUAUGAAAGACAAAUGAAUCUGGAUCUCUUGAUACGUUUAAUGUCUGACUGUUCUGUAGUUGCAUUUUUGCCCGUAUUGUUCUCUUCCCUUACUUCAAUUUCACUGCAUAUUGCAGUGAAUUAUGGAGUUUUGUAUUUAAUUCCAGCUGCUGCGUAAGUUUUUUCCUAGUCUUUUCCUAUGCAUGCUCCAAAUCUAAUACUGGGGGGUAUCCUGUGCCUGUCUACUAUCUAAGAAGCAAAAUGCUUGGUCUGUUUUUGUACCAAGUAUUAUAUAUUUGAGAAGAAUCACUAAAAUUACCUUAGGUGCUCUCUGCAAUGAAUUCUAGAUACUAUAAUUUUAACCUUUGACUGCUCCUAUGCCCCACUCCCAGGUGUUAUGAGCAGAGGUCCUUGGUUCUGAAAGCAAAAGCUUAGGUCUGUAGCCAUUGUAUUGAUAAUGGGUUUUUGCAUGCAUGGGGCCUGUGCUCUUUUACCACUUGUUUACAUAUGCUGAGUUUGAUUUUUUUUAAUACUUUCCAUAAAAUACUGUUGAAAUGGAAAGCAUCUGAUGUGCAUUGGACACUGAAAUUGAGCAGGGCAAUUUCAUAUAAGGGCUUCUGGUACAAUCCCAACAAUCGAUUUCAAGUCAGGAAACACUAAUGAGAACUUCUGUUUUCUGGCUGGCAUAGAGAAGCUAUUUUUUGUUGUGGGAUUGGGUUUCACUUCUAAAUGUUAUCCAGUUUGUGCCAUUUUCUCUUAAUAGAUUGGGCUGGUUUUUGAGCUGCACUAUUAAUGUGAUAUUCAGAAAGAUGGAUUUGUACUCUGGAGAAAAACAAAGGUUUGAUCUCACUGUUUGGGUCUAUUUUUCCGUUCUUCAAUCAUCAUUGUUCAUCACUGGACCAGAUCUAUUAAAUACAUUUAUGCCUUGAAAAGGCCAUUGGUUUCCACAUUAUCUUCAGCCUUUGGGUAAUGCAUUUGAAGAACAAUGCUUUCUUUAUAUCAGGGUUCUUUAAGCAUUUUUGCUGGAAUUUCACAUAAAACAUCUGAGUGCUCUUUAGUGUAACUAAGAACUCUCAUUACAUAACAGGUUUUACAUGCACAAUGAGCAUGUAGGAACUAUUUCUGAAUAUGGUAAGGGAGUGGUUAGAUGAAACAAAAAUUGUUUUUGCCUCUCAUAAUAUCAUGAGAUUGCUGUUAAAAUACCAGAAAAAAAUAAAGAUUUAGUAUUUUAUUUUCAGCCUCCUG